UCGACGUCGGAAUCGAACUCACCUGCUCUGCUCCGCCCCACAGGUAGAGAGAGAGAGAGAGAGAGAGAGAGGCUCCAGUGAGACAGGUGAAGAGAAGGUUUAUAGAGAGAGACGCUGCCGGCAGCGGCACGCAGAGAGAGAGGGAGGGAAGGAGAGUUGUUGUGGAUUAGGUGAAUCUGAGAUUCUGCGAGGCGGCGAGACUGUGAAACCGUUGCGAUUGCUGUGGAAAUGGUGGGAAGUACGCUUGGUGGAUUGCAGGAUCACCUGAAAUUGGCGAGGGAGUACGCUCUCGAAGGCCUCUAUGACACUUCCAUUAUCUUCUUCGAUGGCGCUGUAGCUCAGAUCAACAACGUGAAACGGUGGAAAUGCGGAAAGUUGCUGCUUUUCAAGAAUCGGACCCUUAAUUCUUAAUUUGAUUGAACUCUUCACAUCCUUUCUAAUCUAAUAGAUUGCCAGCGAUGUUAUCCAAGGAACAGCAUGAUCCUUGGAGUAAUUUCAUUCUGAAUUAAAUUAUCAAAUGAAGAAAAUGCAGCUAUUUAAGGGCAUGUUUCUUUCAACUUCUGAUGGUUUGUUUUAACCAGGCACUUAAAUACAAUUGAGGAUCCUUUAGUUCGCACAAAGUGGAUGAGCGUGAAGAAAGCCUUGUCAGAAGAAACAGAGGUGGUGAAACAACUCGAUGCGGAGCGGAGGGCAUUUAAGGAAAUUCCUGGUGGAAGACGCCCAUCUUCACCUCCCAUUAAUGCCAAAUCCUCAUUUGUUUUCCAACCCCUGGAUGAAUACCCCACUUCCUCUGGUGCUCCGAUGGAUGAUCCCGAUGUUUGGAGGCCACCGAGCAGGGAUACUGCCAGUAGACGACCUGCUAGGGCUGGCCAAGUCGGUAUGAGGAAGUCUCCACAAGAUGGGGCAUGGGCUCGUGGUUCUACCAGAACAAGCACCACUACACGUGGUGGAAAGGCUGGUGCAUCUAGCAAAAGCAGUACAGGGGUUCGUGCAUCUACCACUGGCAAGAAGGGCACUGGUUCCAGUAAAUCCAGCAAGUCAGACUCCGCAAAUGGUGAUUCUGAAGAUGGAAAGUCGAAGAGGGGACAAUACGAGGGACCUGAUACUGACUUGGCAGCAAUGCUUGAGAGAGAUGUCCUGGAAACUACUCCUGGAGUAAGAUGGGAUGAUGUUGCUGGGCUGAGUGAAGCGAAAAGACUUCUGGAGGAAGCCGUUGUCCUUCCAUUGUGGAUGCCUGAAUAUUUUCAGGGCAUCAGGAGACCCUGGAAGGGGGUUCUUAUGUUUGGCCCUCCGGGGACUGGGAAGACUCUUCUUGCAAAAGCUGUUGCCACUGAAUGUGGUACUACUUUCUUCAACGUUUCAUCUGCAACUCUAGCUUCUAAAUGGCGUGGAGAGAGUGAACGCAUGGUCCGUUGCCUGUUUGACCUUGCCAGAGCUUAUGCUCCCAGUACAAUUUUCAUUGACGAGAUUGAUUCUCUCUGCAAUGCUCGUGGGGCUUCAGGUGAGCAUGAAUCUUCCCGAAGAGUGAAAUCAGAACUUCUUGUUCAAAUAGAUGGUGUCAACAAUAGCUCUACAAAUGAGGAUGGGACACGUAAAAUAGUGAUGGUAUUGGCCGCCACCAACUUCCCAUGGGACAUAGACGAGGCACUCAGGAGGCGGUUGGAAAAGAGAAUAUACAUUCCGCUUCCAAAUUUUGAGAGCCGCAAAGAGCUUAUCCGGAUCAAUUUGAAGACAGUCGAGGUGGCGGCUGAUGUAAAUAUCGAUGAAGUGGCACGAAGGACAGAGGGAUAUAGUGGAGACGAUCUCACAAACGUCUGCAGGGACGCCUCCAUGAAUGGUAUGAGACGUAAAAUAGCUGGGAAGACUAGGGACGAGAUCAAGAACAUGUCCAAGGAUGAGAUCUCCAAGGACCCCGUCGCUAUGUGCGACUUUGAGGAAGCCCUAGUGAAGGUGCAGAGAAGUGUUUCUGUGGCAGACAUCGAAAAGCACGAGAAGUGGUUCUCGGAGUUUGGAUCCGCUUAGAGAGAAGUCUCGCUGCAGAAAGGAUUUUUGUGUUUUAUCUAGUGUGUAGUAUUCAGAUGAUACCAAACUGAAUUCGACUGUAUGAAAUUCGAAAGGAAACUCUGGAAUCGCUGUCUCAUGUCUGUUCCGUUCUCAACGGCCUCGUGUUUUUCUCUCC